AUGGCCGCGACGACUAACGGGGAUGCAGCUGCCGUACUUGAUGACAUUAAACCACCUCAGGGUGUCGUCCUCCCCCCAAAAGAAUUCAGAACUAUCCUCGAAAAGACAGCAGGAUUUGUUGCCCGAAAUGGUAUUACCUUCGAAGAUCGCAUUCGCGAGCGAGAGAAACACAAUCCCAAGUUUAGCUUCUUGAGCAACGCCGACCCCUACAACCCCUUCUACCUAUGGCGACUCAGCGAGAUCAAGGAGGGUCGAGGCACCGCUGUCGCAGCUGGCCGCGCAGAUGAAGCUGCUGCGCCUGUGGAGGCGAAACCCGCUGGUCCUCCCAAACCUCCCGACUUCCAAUUCUCAGCUCGUAUGCCCAACAUCAGCGCCCAGGAUCUCGAGGUGGUGAAGCUGACUGCACUUUUUGUCGCGAAGAAUGGCCGGCAGUUCAUGACGACGCUUUCGCAACGAGAGACCGGAAACUACCAAUUUGAUUUUCUGCGACCAAAUCAUAGUUUGCAUAAUUUCUUCCAGCAUCUGAUCGACCAAUAUUCCAUGUUAUUACGAGCUGGUGGCAUCGAUGGUGAGGGGGGCAAGGUACAGCAGGAGCGUGUUGCCGAAUUACAGCGAAAUAUUGACGACAAGUUUCACGUCCUGGCGCGCGCGAAGCAACGAGCCGAAUGGCUGAAGCAUCAAGAGACCGAGAAACAGAAAAAGGAAGAGGAAGCCGAGAAGGAGAAGAUGUCGUAUCAGCAGAUCGACUGGCACGACUUUGUCGUUGUCGAGACGGUGCUCUUUACCGAUGCAGACGAUCAAGCAAAUCUCCCACCACCGACUUCUCUAAAUGACCUGCAAUACGCGUCUCUCGAGCAGAAAGCCAGGUCCUCUGUCAGUGCCAACCUCCGCAUCGAAGAAGGCUUCCCUUCGGAAGAAGACAGCAACUUCAAUGGAUAUGCAGCGCAAGCCAACUACAACCUUCCACAACAUCCUUCAUAUCCUCCACAGCCCAUGGUAGGUGUACAACCGACCUAUCAGCCCCAACAAAUGCCACCGCCCCAACUGGCAUAUCAUAUGGCGCCACCGCCAAGAUCAAAUGGCAUGCAGGAGGAUGAGGAAUCACAGCGGAUUCGCGAGAGAGAAGAGGCUCGCGCCCGAAUGCAGCAAGCCCAGGCCGAAGCCAAGGGAAGGGCUGCGCCGAUGAAGAUCAAGGAGAACUACGUCCCGCGAGCCGCCGCGCGCGCAGCGAAUAGGCAAGGAACUCAGACGGCGCUUUGCCCCAACUGCAAGGAGCAAAUUCCCAUGAACGAGCUGGAGGAGCACAUGCGGAUCGAGCUCCUUGAUCCUCAGUGGAAGGAGCAAAAGGCCAAGUCCGAGUCUCGAUACGCCACAACGAACCUGAGUCAUGCCGACAUGGCUAAUAACCUGAAGCGGUUUGCCAGCCAACGUGGAGACCUAUUUGACGGUGUCACCGGACAACCCAUUAACGAAGAAGAAGCGUCACGCCGGAAGAGAGCCGCCUUGAACAGCUUCGAUGGCAACUUGGAGGGACGCAGCCAAGCACACGUCAAUCACCUGCAGAGUGUAAAUGUGGAUGAACAGAUUGCGAGAAUCCAUCAACGGUUCGCAAAGGAAAAAGAGCAAGGUCUUUGA